AUGGAGCACUGGAUGGGGUUCGCCCCGGUGCUGCAGGACGCGCGACGGCGGCCUCUGCUCUGGCGAUCGGUCAGAGCGCGGGGCAACGACAAGUGCGGCGACCUCGAGAUCUGGACGUUCAAUAGCUCAGGCUGGGGCACUCACCGCAGGCUGGAGGGCGCCGCGGCGAAGCGGUGCUGUUACGCGCUACAGGAAACCAAGUUGCGGGGCGACGCCAUCGCGACGGUCCAAAAGUCGUUGGUGGGCGAGCGCUGGCGGCUGGCGCCCGUGUCAUCGGUGGCCACCCAGGACGGCUACCAGGAGGUGGGCAUUUCGGCUGGCGUGGCCGUUGCGGCGCCGAAGCACAUCGGCCUGGCGCGUGUGGCGGGCGCCUCCUCGUGGCAUAUCUCCCCGGCCGGGAUCGCCAUGGGCAGGGGGCUCGUCGUCGCCAGCGUUCACGUGUGGACGGGCGAGGGCCUCGGCGGGCGCAACAAGCGCCCGCUGCGCCACGUGCAAGGCCGCGUGCACCAGACCGGGUUGCCGUGGGUGCUCGGAGGCGAUUUCCAGCAGGCGCCCGUGGAGCUCCAGCGUAGUCCCAGCGCCCAGGCCUCGGGCGCUCUCAUCGUGUACCCGACGUCGGAGCUGGUGACAUGCCGCAGCGGCGUGGUCGACAACACCAUCGAUUACUUCUUGGUGGACGUGGCGCUGGAGAAAAGGCUCGUCAGCGUGUGGGUGGAUGAGGAUUGGCCCUCGGCCCCGCACAAGCCAGUGGGGCUGCGCCUGGCCACGCGGCCCAUCGAGGCCUGGGAGCGGGUGUUCAUGCGGCCCGCGCUUCUGCCACCGCGCAUCAUCGGGCGCCAGCAGGGGCCGCCGAACUAUCCCGCCUGCCCGACCUUCACAGAUAAGGAGGUCGCCUCCAAGGCCUGGGCUGGCGUCGUCAGCCGAUUGGAUCAAGAGGCGCGCAGCAUCCGAGGGCUUGAAUGGGCCCCCCACAGGCCAGAGGCGGGAAGGGCGAGGGGCAGCGUCUUCCAGCGCCAGCGCGUCGCGGAGCCGCAGAGAGCCAAUCACGCGGCAGUGCAGCAUGCGGGCCAGCUGUGGCGAUGGCUGGAGCGGACGCUGGGGCUGUUGCAGGCCCGCUACGCGCAGGCCACGGAGGACUUGACCAUGCAGAAGGGCUGCUGGGCGCUGGAGCGGUUCCUGGGCGACAAAGCCGCGAGCGGGCUGGCGGCGUUGGAUGCAGCGCGGCACCUCUUGGCAGCGGCGCAUGGCGGCGGUGGCAGCGGGCCGCCUCCGCCCACCUUCGCCGUCAGCGCGCCGGGCCCUCGGGGCGCCGGCGCGUGGGCCAUGGGGGCCACGCGGGAGGCGGACGCGGUCGAGAUGGCGGCGCAGGCCAAGCGGGCCAGCUCUUGGAAGGGCAAGCUCGCCAAGGCCGCAGACGGAUCGGCGGGCCUGCUUCACCGCUUCAGCAAACCCGCGCCGAUUUGGCAGCCCAGGCAGGCCGAGCAGCCCGAGGACUCGGCAUCACCUGAGCGGGCGGCGGCGGAGGCACUGACCGAUUGUGCCGAGGUCUGGCAGUUCUGCCAUCCAGCGCAGGAGGGGGGGCGGCCCUGGCUCGCGGCCGCGCGCGAGCCUCUGCCGCCCCUCGAGGUUUCGACCCUGCGCGACCUCUCCAGGCGCUUCGAGAAGCGCACGGGCAUCGGAGUGGACCGCUGGCGCCCGUCCAUGCUCGACGGCAUUUCCGGCGCGGGUGCCGAUGCCGGGCUGGGCGUCCUCGAGGCCGCGGCGUGGGAGUUCAUGGCAGCGGACGAAACGGUGGGCCCAUCCGCCGAUGACCACAACACCGAGGCGGUGGUCACAGCGGUCAUGGACUCGGUGAAGGCCUUCGAGAACGUGCCGCUGAUCGAGUUACGCUAG